GUUUGCCCAAAGACUGUUCGGCCAGCACGUGAUGCGCAUUUGAUCUCGCGCUUCAGCCCUACACAUUGUUCCGCCGCCAACAUGAACCCCGCGCUCGAGGACGAAAUCACGUCGAUAAACUCCAUCUACGACCCGGACACCGAAUCCACCCUCACCGUCAUCUCCUCGGCGCCGGAACAGAUAUGCGCUUUGCGCCUGCCCUCGCUGCCCUCGGUAUCGCUACGCCUUGAAUUUCCGCCCGAUUACCCCGACGCUCCGCCCUCCGUGCUCGGGACGCAGACGGUCGGCGACGAUGUUCCCAAGGGCUUUGGCACGCGCGUCGUCGAGCUGGUGCGCCAGGUACUGGCCGACGUGUACCAGCCCGGCGAGCCAUGCGUGUUCGGGUUGGUCGAGGACGUGGGCGAGCUGGUGGAGCGCGAGCGCGCCGCGACGCUGGAAGAGCAGAGUCGCGCGCGAGAGUCCGAAGAAGCUACGAAAAUUGGUUUGAGCAGCCCGGCCACGGCAGGACACGACGCUAGCAAUAAUGACGGCUUCUCACGCGACUCUCUUCACGCGCAGGGCGACGACGACGAUAUCGGCCCAGACCCGCCCUGGAUCCUCUCCGAGCCCUUCGUGGAGAAAAAGUCUGUCUUCCUGGCGCGUGCGGCAACCGUCCAUUCAACCGCCGAGGCGAAGCAGUAUGUGCGGCAUCUACUGCUGACGGACAAGAAGGCCGCAAAGGCGACACACAACAUGACGGCGUGGCGCAUAAAGGGCGAAGGCGACACUACGUUCCAGGACUGCGACGACGACGGCGAGACGGCCGCGGGUGGAAGGCUGUUGCAUCUUAUGCAACUUAUGGACCUUUGGGACGUUAUGGUGAUUGUUUCGCGCUGGUAUGGCGGCGUGCAGUUGGGUCCAGACCGGUUUAGGCUCAUCAAUUCAUCAGCAAGAGACGCGUUUGUCCGGGGCGGUUGGGCAAAAGACCCCAAGGAAGCUAAGGAAGCGGCUGGUGGGAAGAAGAAAGGAAAGAAAUAAUCAAUAAACGGCC